AUGCUGCCGCGGCGGAUGUUGUGGGGCGCUGUGGUGCGUCAGGUCACUCCGCGUCUGACCUACAGCACUGCUGCACAGCCACAGGUAGGCCUACAUUUACUACGCAGUACACCGUCUAAAGUAGGUACGGGCUAAAUGUUUACCUAAGAGUGUCUACAAAAUAAUUUUCUCAAAGUUAAAUCACAUUUUUCAAGACAGACAUAUAGGCUACGCCAGUGGUUCUCAACUGAUGGGUCCCGACCCAAACGUGGGUCGCAGACACGUUCUGGAUGGGUCGCAAUGAGCUGGUCAAAAAAGUAAAUAUUUCAUGCGCAUCUGAUGUUUAACAUGUCUUUUAUUUUGAAAAAUGGUUUAUUUUGGAAGGCUAGCAUUAUGUCUUGUUCCUACUCAGUUUCUUAUCAAUGUGGCCUGAAUGCAGUAAAAUACUUUUUUUUUGUGCAAUUUCAUAUUUUUAUUUUCUGUAUAUGCAACUUUAGUAGUUGUCAUCCUCAGUUCAUGCACUUUACUCAAUAAAAUGGGUGUAUUUAUGUUAAAGAUUUGAGUCUUUAAAGUUUUUUUUUAUUUUUUUAUAAAAAAUAAAUUUGCUUGGUUUGAAUUUUAUAAAAGUGGGUCGCAGCUUAAGGACCAUGGGAAAAUGUGGGUCCCAGGGUGAGAUCAGUUGAGAACCACUGGACUACACAGUACCAAUUCGUUAUAUACUAGUUAAUGAUGGCGAGUUUUAUAUUUUGUUGGCUAUGAUAAACUAUUUUGAUUGCGGCACAAAAGGGAAAGACAAUAACAUGGGUUUUCAUCCCUGAAAAUGUUACAGAUGCAUGUUUUAUGACAAGAAAUCAUAAAAAUAUAAUAUAAAACAAUAUACCCUACAGCCCAGCUACACUUUUAAUAUGUUGCAACAAAACACUAUGGACGAUUAGCUACAUGUAGCCUACUGUAAAACCCAAUACACCAAGUGUUUUUCAUUAGCUAUGCAUGAAUUGCACAAUUCCAUACAAACUAUUGUCAAUAUUCUGGACCAAAAAUAAUUGUGUUCUAGAAGGCAUGAAUAUUAAAUAAAUAGGAAUUUUAUUAAAACCAGUUUAGUAAAUUUUAAAGCAAAGGACAUGCACUCAAAACAAGCAAUAGUCCAUGGACUGACAUGUAAAACAAAGAUUUUAAUAAUAGAGACAGGAUCAUUAGAUGUGAAAAUGCAUUUUAGUUUUCACUAUUAUGUGUAUAUAACUGACUAAGAGCUGCAAUAAGUCUGUGAAUAGAAUAGAUAGUGAGUUGUUGUGCAAUCAUCCAAAUAAUGCAGCAAAAACUUAGUUUUAUUUUAAAUUAUAAGCUUGCCCAUUACAGUCUUUCUGAUGUGAAUAUUUGAUGCUUUUCUUUGACAUUGAUAAAAUGAAAUGGUAUCUUAGGCUUUAGACUGUUGGUUGCAAAGAAAAAAAUGAAGAUGGCCAAUGUGAGACUGUGAUGGUCAAAUAGGAGCUUUAAUUAUUUUCUGUGGACUUUAAGGAAGAAUAAAAAGUUGAAAUUAUGUCUGGGAAAUUCAACAAAUGAUUAACACAUUGGCAACUCAAUCAUAUGCUUAUUUGCCCUCAAUGCUUGUAGCUGUAUUUACAUUCAUAUUACCAUUGUUGUUGUUCACAGUCAUUUCUUCUUUUUUCCUUCUCACUUUAAGAAGGCAGGACCAAAAAAGACCAAGUUUGGCCCCCUUAGUGACCAAGAUCGGAUAUUCACCAAUUUAUAUGGCCGUCAUGACUGGAGGUAAAAAGAGAUAAAGCGAAAUGAUUCUGCCAACUGUCCUAAAAGUUCAAAUUCAGUAUACAAGUUAUAAAGUUCAAAUUCUUUCUGCCAGACUUAAGGGAGCACUCAAACGAGGGGACUGGUAUAAGACUAAGGAGAUCAUCCUAAAGGGACAAGACUGGAUCCUGAAUGAGGUGAAGAUUUCAGGGCUUCGAGGUAGAGGAGGGGCAGGCUUCCCAACAGGUAUGAAGUGGAGCUUCAUGAAUAAACCAAGUGAUGGAAGGUAGGAGCAAAACAGAUUAAAAAAAAAAGAUCUAGCAGAAAUACUUAAAGGGAGCACUGCUGUCCGCACCACUAAUGACACCCUAAUGAUGUAUCAGUGUAUGCCCUUUUCUACUGUCUUAGGCCCAAGUACCUGGUGGUGAAUGCUGAUGAGGGUGAGCCUGGGACCUGCAAAGACCGUGAGAUAAUGCGUCAUGACCCUCAUAAGCUGAUAGAGGGUUGCCUUGUUGCAGGGACAGCCAUGGGGGCUCGUGCUGCAUAUAUCUACAUAAGAGGAGAGUUUUACAAUGAAUCAUCCAAUCUACAGGUAUAUGAAAACAUGUAUGUGAUUUUAAAUUCCAUACAGGAUGUUUGACUUACACACUCUGUCUCUGUUUCUUUUCGUAAAACAGGUGGCUAUCAAUGAGGCGUAUAAGGCCAAGCUGAUUGGGAAGAACGCCUGUGGUUCUGGGUACGACUUUGAUGUUUUUGUGAUGCGAGGAGCAGGAGCUUAUAUCUGCGGGGAGGAGACGGCCCUCAUUGAGUCUCUUGAAGGCAAACAAGGGAAACCUCGACUCAAACCUCCUUUCCCUGCAGACAUAGGUGAGGUAGACGCCAUCUUCACCCAUUUCUUAAUUUUAUUUGACAGUGCGGAAAUUAGGAUUAUUGCAUUAUUGAUUGUCACUGCUUCUCUCUAUCACUCUUAAGGGGUGUUUGGAUGCCCCACAACAGUUUCCAAUGUGGAGACAGUUGCUGUGGCGCCUGCGAUCUGCCGUCGAGGUGGAGCUUGGUUUGCUAGCUUUGGGAGGGAAAGGAACUCAGGGACGAAGCUGUUCAACAUCUCUGGCCAUGUGAACACACCGUGCACUGUGGAAGAGGAGAUGUCUGUUCCUCUAAGGGAGCUGAUAGAGAGACAUGCAGGUGUGUGUACGUGUGUCUCCGUUUACAGUCUGAGUGUGAUGACGUUGGUUUACUCUGCGAGACGUCGGUGACUUCCUCUCUCAUUUCAUGUAAUUGUUGCAGGAGGAGUGAGGGGCGGCUGGGAUAAUCUAUUAGGAGUAAUCCCAGGAGGGUCCUCCACCCCCAUCAUCCCUCGCCAUGUGUGUGAUGAUGUGUUGAUGGAUUUUGAUGACCUGGUCCGAGCAGAGACUGCGUUAGGAACUGCUGCAAUCAUCGUUAUGGAUAAAUCAGUAAGCUGAUGAGAUACAGCGAACAUUCAGACACUGUCAGUCUGUGAAGAUGAGCUGAGAAUCAUGUUUGCUUUUUCCAGACUGAUGUGAUAAGAGCCAUUGCACGUUUGGUUGAGUUCUAUAAACAUGAGAGCUGUGGACAGUGCACCCCCUGCAGAGAGGGUAAGGUACUGCAUAAUGCAAUUGACAACAAAAAGGUCAUGUAGCAUUCUCUCUAUCAAGCCAUUUUGACUCUUCUAACAACCAAACAAUGACACAAGUCAACAAAGUCAAAGCUUUAAGGGGGCGAUAACUGUUGUCUUUAAGUUUUCAGAUGGUUUUAUGUCAGUACCUAAUAGCUGUUUUACUCAUCUUACUCUGUAUCCUCUACCUCAGGAGUUGACUGGAUGGAUAAAAUGAUGUGGAGGUUUGUUCGAGGAGAAGCAGCAGUUUCAGAGAUCGACAUGAUCUGGGAACUCAGCAAGCAGAUCGAAGGACACACAAUCUGUGCUCUGGGGGAUGGGGCAGCCUGGCCUGUGCAGGUGGCAAAUUCUGUUUUUUUUUUUUUUGUAUGAGUUCUUUUCUGAAACAUUUUAACAGUUGCUGGUUUCUAUACAAACAAGCACUUUUGUCCUUUUUCACUUUCUGCUUCUCUUCUACAGGGACUGAUCCGCCACUUCAGACCAGUCAUGGAGAGCCGGAUCGCUCAGUAUAACCAGAAAUACCCUCCAAGAGAGCCAGAGAUUGAGAUGAUAUGA